AUGUCUGAGGAUCAAGCUUGUAAAAAAUGUGGCUUGGAGAUUGUCGGUGGCCACGCAUACGAACUCGGCGAUGAUCGCUGGCACAUUCAAUGCUUCACAUGUUCGAAAUGCUCCAAAUCAUUGGGUUGCAACUCCAAUUUCCUUGUCCUCGGCAACGGAAGCUUGAUAUGUCUGGAAUGUUCAUACAACUGCAAACAAUGCGGUAAGAAAAUUGAUGACUUGGCCAUUCUCACGGGUGACCAAGCUUACUGCUCGAGCUGUUUCCGUUGUCGAGUUUGUAAGCUGAAAAUCGAGGACUUGCGCUAUGCUCGGACUUCGAAAGGUUUGUUUUGUAUGUCAUGUCACGAACGCUUGAUUGCAAAGAAGAAGAAGUACGAUCUCAAGCGCCGUCAGAUGGCUCAGCUUGAACUGCUGCUGCGUCCAGAUUCACUGGACGUUUCCUUGAACAAACAGUUGCCACCUCAUCCUGCUCUUCGUAAAGAUGACACAGAUGAAGAUAAAUCCAGUGAAACUUCAAAAGAUGGACCAUACCUCGAGCCUAGAGACUUUCUUGCGAGAGACAUCUCGAAUAUAUCCAACAUUUCCAAUCUUUCAAAUCUAUCAAACCUUACAAACCUCACGAAUCUAACAAAGACGUCUACACCUGCCAAAGAUGCUAUCUCUAAAGAAACGCCUUCAAGAGAUGCCAUCUCGCGUAACGCUGUCUCAAGGGAUGGGCUUUCGAGGGAUGUUUCCCGUGAAAGCCUCCUUUCGCGUGAUACAAGGGCCACAUCAAGAGACGCUAGCCCCGAUGUGGCUAGAAUUGGUGUGCGUGACAUAGAAGUUGGAGAGGAAAAGGAACCUCCGUUUACUGGAAAGGUUCCAAGCCCUGUCGCUGGACCUUCUGAUCAUUAUGAAAACAACAAGCUCGGAGAGAAUAAAGUAGCUGAACACAAAGGGGUCGAUACGAAAACAGAUGAUCCUGCGAAAACUCCAGUCCAGGCCUCAACGUCAAACUUCACAGGCUCCCUUGAUCCUGCGGCAAUGGCCAGUGACAUUGAAGAGGUCAACGACUCCGAAGAUGAAUUGAAACUCCGGCGCGUGCGCGAACGCUUAGAACGCCGCUUCUCACGGCUGCAACAUAAACACGACUCAGGCGCUAUCUUGGACCUCAUCGGUUCCUUCAGCGGGCCCAACACGCCGAAUCUGGACAGCCCGCUGCCUCGCUUGGGCGACCCACCACGCUUAGACUCUCCUCACAAGAACUUUUUGUUAUUAUCUCCUGGCCAGUACCAUGAUAAUGGGUUCCACGCAGCAGAACUCUCAAGUGCCGGCUUUUCUGCUGAACUGAGCCGUCCGUCCGCAGAAGAUCUGGGUCGGUCGGUGGAAGACGGCCGUCGUGAGGAUCUGGGUCGCAGAUCCACUGCAUCGUCACCCAUGGCUCGUGCCAACAGACAGGCGCGUGUGGUUGAGCCAGAUACCUCGAACUUUGAUGCCAACACUAGCCGAGACACCAACAUCGACACUAACACAAGUCGCGACAGUCGUGACAAUGGGCUUACCGGUCGUGAAUUAGGUUCAAGCCGCGAUAUCGAUACGAGCGGCAAUGGUUCUCAACUUGGCGGGUACUCUAACUUCAGCACGAUCGACUCCCACAUGGGCAACCCUGACGCCAGUCUCGACAGUAUCACGCAAGACGAAAUCCCAUUGGGGACACCGCAACUCCGUACACCGCGCCACGCUGUAUCACCGCCUCCUCGUAUUGCAUUGCCGGAUGUGCCAGAUGUUGCAGAUGAGCCGCGUGGCUUGGGGUUGGACUUGGGUCCGCGCACAGUGACCAACUUGGAAGCUACCAUCUCCCGUGAUGACGACCGUGGUGGUAUUAAGCAGACUGUGCGGCGCAAGAUGCUGAUCAAGCACAAGCGCUCAAUUUCUGGCGGACUGGGUGGACUCUCUAACAAGUUUGGCUUUUUCAAAAACAAAGACGAGGCGCGCCUGGACAAGGGCCACCUGCGGCACGUGUCGGAGGGUUCGGUGCACGGCCUGGCCUUUAGCACUCCUCCGUUACCUUUGAGUCUGCCUUAUAAGGACAACUCGCGUGGAGACAGCGAGAUGCACCGUACGGAUCUCGAGAUGCGGCUGGCCAAGCUCGAGAUCUACCAACUCGAGAACUACAAGCAAAACUUGAUUGCGGAGAACAUGAAGUUGAACAGCGACAAGAACAAGUUAUUUGAAGCGAUAAAGACGCUCCAGAAGAAAAUCGCUACUGAGACUCAGACUCAUGAGCUGUUACUUCGCGAUAUCAAUGAGAUGGUAGCGGAGAAGAAAAGACUCUCAGAAGAAAACCGAAUUCUCGCUGACGAGAACAGCUCCCUUGCUGACGAGAACAGUAUGUCUCGCCGUUCAGAUGUCACUCUGCGUGUGGAACUGCGUCGCUCUGAUGUAGAGUCUCGCCGUUUUGACUUGGAUUCGCGGUUUCUGGAUAACGAUGCGGCCACCUUGGAUGCAGUUGCUGAAGAUGGCGGUGAAACUCAGCGUGCUACACGGCUCCGGUUUUGGCGUCGGCCGCGAAUGACUCCUGGAGACAGUUCUUCCCCUGCAUUAGCGCCUUCACCAUCAAGCCUGAAAAUGAGCACGUCUGUGUCUUCGAACACCAUCCAGAGCGGCAACGAAGAGUCUGGAGCGCGGAAAGCGCUCAACACGAUCAUCAGUAAGUCACGACUGACCACAGUCCUCGAUGCCAUUGCCAAUGGAAGCAGUGGGCCUGAGGUGCCACUUUUCUCAUCCACCAUACAAAGGCGUGCCAUUUACGAAAACGAAAAGGUGCCGCUUAUAGUGUCAAAAUGCAUUGAAGAGGUUGAAAAGCGUGGGUUGGAUGUGGAGGGCAUUUAUCGUAUAUCUGGUGGAAACACAGCAAUCACAGCCAUUGAAAAUGCUUUUGCUGCGCUUCCUGCCAGCUCUUCCCAAGAUAAACGUCUGAUGGCCCGCUUGCAAGAGGUUUUGGCUGGCGACAUCAAUGCUGUGACUAGCGCGUUAAAGCGCUACUUACGCAAAUUGCCUGAUCCGUUGAUUCCCUAUAACUUGUACGAUGGCUACAUUCUGGUAGGUAAAAGCACCAGCGAUAUAAACGAGCGGUGCAAUGAGUUGUCGAGCCAAGUGGUCGCCCGCCUCCCUCCCGCCAACAGGCACGUAUUGUACUUGGUGGCCAAGCACCUAGACUUAGUCAACUACUACAGUAGUGUCAACCGCAUGAACUUCAAAAACUUGUCGGUAGUGUUUGCGCCGACUAUUGCAAGAGACGUCACGGGCGAACGCGAGAUGACAGACAUGGGGCCGCGGAAUGAGGCCACCGAAUUGCUUUUCACCAACUUUGCGCAGGUGUUUGAAGCGCACGAUCUAUAA